GACAUUGUGCAUUACGUCAAGAUCUUGAAGAUACAGUUUACCGUUUUGUGAAUUUUAUGUUGUAGAAAUGUAUAAGUGCUUCCAAAGAGGAGUAUUCAGUGCGUGAGAAGAGACAUAUUGUUUCACAUAAUACAUUUGGUUAAUAGUUUUGUGUCUAUUUAUUAUUAGUAUUUAAGAAUAUUGUUUAAAUAUACGACGAAAAUACUUUGUAGUAAAGACUUUUAGUUAAAAUUGUUUUUGUACAGGGUAUUGAUAUAGGUUAUAUGAAGAAUGGAAGAGAAAAAAUCAGCUGUAGUAACCGAAAAUGAUGCGUACAACGAUGAACAGCAGCAUCAGCAUCAAAUGAACCCUUGGAUGUAUGGCAAUUAUGGAAUGUAUAAUCAGUAUCCCGCUUAUUAUGGAUCUCACCCAUAUAUGCAAUACUAUCAAUAUUAUUCUCAAUUUGGAUACAACAAUUAUGUGUCUUUUAAUAGCAAGGAUAAUGAAAACUUUAAUAAAGAAAAACCAGGAGAAAAUUUUGAGAAAGAUUCAACAAAUCCACCUCUACCUCCAGGUCCACCACCUCCCAUUUCAGGCAUUCAAAAUGGUUUCCAGGAUACCAACAAUAAAGGAAAUUUUACACCAAAAUUUGGAGUGAAAUUUAGUUUCAACAAACGACCUGUUCCUGAUAAUUUUAAUAUUCAUCAAGGAAAUUCACUAACAAGUGGAGCUGCUAAGAAGAAACGAAAAAGAAAUAAAAAUCAACAAAACAUGUUUAAUCAAAUGAAUUCAAAUGGUUUUCUAAAUAAUAUACCACCACCUUUACCACCUCCAGAAGCACAGGCACCAAAACCUGCGCCACCACCAGAAACUAUGCCUCCUUUACCUCCUGCUCCACCUCCAGAUAUAAACAUACCACCACCACCUUUACCAGCUGAAUCUCCUAAACCUGCUGUUAAACCUAAACCAAAUGCAUUCAACAAUCCUACUGAUGACUGGCCUGAAGAUCUUAAAAAUUAUGUAAAUAACUGUUACAAUAAAUGUAAAACUGCACUUGACAAAGAUCAGGUAGAAAUUGUACUGAAAGGAAAAAUAACUGCAGCGGCUGCAUCAGGUGAAUUGUGGGUUAAAGACUGGUCAAAAGAACCAUUACCUAGCAUUCAUAGUGAAAGAAUGAAUUUAACGUUAAAUCCCAAACCUGUUCCUGGGCAAUUGGCUCAGUUUCAGACACCACUGAAGAAAAAGGGAUUAUCUGCAACAUUAGGGGCACGUUUGGGUAACCGAACAUCAACAUUAAGGGGACGUAGUAGGUCAUCUUCUAGGUCUUCUCGAUCACCGUCUAGGUCACCAUAUAGAAGAAGAUCAAGAUCAGGAUCUGUUAGUCCUCGACAUCGCAAAUCAAGCAGUUCAUCAGAGAGUGAUGAUAAUUUCAAGCCUCUAACAAAGUCUCUUAAGAAUAAGGGUAAAGGAAAAUUAGCCGACAGAUUAGGAUUAAAGAAUAACAAGUUGCAUAAUAAGCAGAUGAAGAAACAGAAGGCAAAGGAGAAGAAAAAUAUUUUUAGUGCGGAUUUUGGCGGAGUGGAAGAAAAUUCGGCUGUACUUCAACAACGUGCCGCUAGGUUUUCUAUGCAACAAAGUAACAAAUAUACCGAUGAUUUAUUAACAUUGAAUAACAGUGUUAACGAUAAAAGAAAUUCCUUUAUUUCAUCAUUCAGUUCGAAAAUUAUCGAGGACACUAAUGGAGACUUUGACUGGACAGAAUUUCACAUUGUGGGCACAUGUCGUGAUAUUGAGAAAUCGUUUUUGCGACUCACUAAGGCCCCUGAAGCUUGUGAAGUACGUCCAGUUGAAGUCCUUAAAUUGUCAUUACAGAACGUUAAAGAUAAGUGGAUUGAGAAGCAAGACUACUAUUUUGCUUGUGACCAGUUGAAAUCAAUUCGACAGGAUCUAACAGUGCAAGGUGUAAGGGACUCUUUUACUGUAGAAGUGUAUGAAACUCAUGCACGAAUCGCACUAGAAAAAGGUGAUCAUGAAGAAUUCAAUCAAUGCCAAACCCAAUUGAAAAUGCUAUAUUCAGAAGUGGGUGGGGAUAACAAAAAUGAGUUCACUGCCUAUAGGAUCCUGUACUAUAUAUUCACAAAAAAUACUUUAGAUAUAAUGACUAUAAUGAAAUCUUUGUCGCAUGAAGAGAAAGCUGACGAAUCAAUUGCAUUUACUUUAAAACUCAGGUCAGCUUGGGGUAUGGGUAAUUUUCAUAGGUUUUUUGCGUUGUAUUCUAAUGCUCCUUUAAUGACGGGUUAUCUAGUCGAUUGGUUUAUUGAUCGAGAACGAAAAUUAUAUCUUAAAAUUUUCAUAAAAAGCUACCGGCAAAAUAUUUCUUUGGAUGUCGUGGCGCAAGAGUUGGCGUUCAAAUCAAGGGAGGACUGUUUAGAAUUUAUCGAACCUUUUGGACUGACUUUCACCGAUGUCAACAGAACUUCAAUCGAUUGCAAAGCCAGUAUGGCUGCUUUAUCCAAUAUAUAAAUAUCUUCAUCUUUUUUGUUAUUGACUAUUGAUAACGCAAGUGGCCCAAUCGUUCAUUUUCUCUAAGCCUAAGUUGUCAUUAUUUCCUAGUUGACAGUUUUUCCGAAUAAGUUCUAAAAAGAUACAUAUUUUUCUACAACUUCUUUUCUUAUGUGGUCAUGGUAUCGAAACGAGAUCUGUUACAUCAAUAUUUUUCCACGGAUUUCUAUCGUUGGUCAGUAGGUGCUUCUCAAUUGACGAACAAUAUUUAUUCCUCGUUUGAAUCUUACCUGUGGGAAUGGAGAACGCUACAAGUGAUAUAUUUAUUUUUUUUAUAAAGUUUUUCUUAGGUAUAUUUUACCUCGUUGAACACGAAAAAAUACUUCAUUAGUUUGUAAGAUUUGUUGAACGGAUGUAUAUACUUUGUACAUAUAUAAAUUAAAUUAAAUAAAUUAUAUUCUG